AUGAUUCCGGCGAGGCGGCUGCGCUUGUUGUUGGGCAGGGCUUUGGAAGGGGUCCCAGUCGCCGCCACCCCUUCCCCCGAGGCGGACGAGGAUUUAGAUGAUUAUUUGCUUAAGAGCUAUAUGCGAGAAAACACUGCGAAUGAGAAUUUGACGGAGCUUCUUUUAUCCAUUUCAUCUCUUGGAAUUGCAUCGAGAGAAGAUUGGUUGCGGCUGAAAAAAGUCUGUUUCGCCCAUUUACCUGAGCUUUCUUGUCGAACCGUUAAUAUAAUUUUUGCAUUGCUCGUUGAAAAAAGUGUCUGUGGAAGCGUUGAAUGCGUAAGGAUACAGGAUAAAUUGGCUCAAUUGAACUUUUCAAAAAAAUUGAGGGAUCAUGAGUGCUUACAAACACUUCGUUGUAUUACAAAUGUUGGUUCCCGCUUAUCACCCAGUUUUAUUCCUCAUGCCCUAGAAUCCAUUCAAACUUUGGUGAGGCAAUGUCAAACAGAGUUGCUACCAACAUUAUCGUACACUAUUGGGAGGCUCCUUACUUCAAAAGAAAAUAGAGGGAUUCCUAUUGAGGUUCAGCAUUCUCUGCUGGAAAGUUUGGUUGUAAGGGUGGACUCAAUUGAUUGUAUGCUGCUAAGUCAAUCCGAACUUAUUUAUCUUUUGUGGGCUUUAUCUGCUUUUUGUUCGCCCAUUUUGUCUUUGAGAACGGCAUAUUUGAAGACCUCCUAUAUGCUACUGAUGCGAGGGAUUAAAAUGGAAGAAAUCAAAGAUGGUGGCCCUAUGGAUUUAUUAUUAUUGCUUUUCGGUUUGUGUCCACUGCUUGAAUGCUCUGGCUUGGGGAACUCCAUUCUUCCUUCCCAAGAAGCUGGGCUGAUAAUGGACGUUACGACUGAUCACGGUGAAAUGAAGGAGAGAUCUCAGGGAUCUUUGAAACGAUUGUUGGAUAUGCUUAAUUUAGUCCUAGUUUCUUUGAUUCAACAUGUUGCCCGUGAGGAAUUACAAAACCGUCCGGUAUCUUGUGUUAUUUUGGAGAUGCUUACAUGGUCUAAUGCAACAAAAGUGUUAAAAAAUGCACAGAUUUUGUAUAAUCUUCUUAUUUGCAGACUGCUUUAUGGAGAAAGGGGUAUGUGGUUCUGUGAACUGAAAAAAAACGUGCUCUCUGAAGGAGAAAAACAACCACCAUUAGUGAAUUACUUUCUAUUUGAACAACGUACGGGACUUUUGGACAUUCUUAAGACCCGACUAAGCCUAUCUGUAUUUUCUUCUGUACCUCUAAUUGGAUUUGAAAAAGCGUCCGUCCGUGAAAUAAUUGUGGUGCUAGAAGCCAUGGUAUAUGGCAAUAUUUCGGAGAGCCUCAAGAAAAAUUAUUUAAAGGGAUGUAUAAUGAAACUACCAGGGGCUAUUCGCAUUGUAUCAAGAAAUGAAUUUCCUCGUAUUGUAAAUUUAAUAAUUAAGCUGCACCUUUGUGAUCAGCCAAUUAUGCGUGCAAUCCACGAUAGAUGUCAAGAGCUUGGUAUUAAAAAAAAAUUGUUACAUAAAAAAAAACUUAACGAGGGUGCAAAUUGCCACAUGAAUACAAAAAACACAUCAAUGGAUGAUUGGAGCUCUGAUGUUAUCACUCUAUACAUUUGUGAAACUUCUUUAAAACUUGCUGGCGAGGAUAAAGGCUGUAAGACUGACGUACCCAAGCUACUUGAGAAUUUAAGCACCCGAAAAGGCAUGAGUAGUGCCACGGAAAGACAUUGUGUAUCAAUCAUCAAGUCACUCGCGAAGCACCAACUAGCUUUUAAAAAUGAAAAGUUUUAUCAGUUAUCUUUGAAUUCCAUUUUUUCUCGGGUAAAAACAGGGCUUCCCGUUGGAUCAAUGCUUUCUUUGAUCCUUGAUGGAGUAAAGGCAGGAGUAUCUUGUGAAGCUCUAGUAGAUUCACUCUUAUGGGUUGGCUGUCGGCUCCUUGAGAGAGGAAUGGCAAUAGCUGAUGCAAAAGAUGUGGCCAUCUAUUUUAUUGCGGCGCAUGAGCUAGAUUCCUUGAAUAUUGCCUUCCAUCCGGUUCUUCUUGGUAUAUUUCAACAGGAAAAAGCCAUUGACUUGCUUUCCCCACAUUUGGUAACUCGUCUGUUUCUGGCCUUAUGUGCACUUGGUAUAGAUGAUAGGUCGUUGCUUGAACGUAUUCUAGACCGAGUGGAGUCGUGGUGCUUGAAGGUGGUGACAAAAGUCGAAUGGUCAGAAGAAGAUUGGAAAGCGAGUUUAGUUUUUGUCCAUGCUUUAUGGACUUUAUCAUCAGAGGUCGUCUGGAAACAGUUAAUGCAAAUGGCACAAAAAUUGGUUUCCUCUAUGAUUGAGAGAGAAAAUGAGCAUAAGACUAUGGGAUACUCUCUUUUUGUUGCUUCGGCUGCCGCCAGUUUCAGCAUUCAUAACAAUGCCGAGACCCCUUUCGCGAAAGGGAUGGAAAAGAUUUUUGUUUCUGAACAGCUUUCAGGAUUUCUGAAGAUUGUCACUUCACUUUUUUCGGAAGAUGCGAUAAGUUUCUCACUUUCUCGGACGGAUGCGUUACUAAGAGCAGGAGCCAUGGCCUCUGUCAUUCCCCAAUAUAGCAAUAUCAUUUGUUUUCUUAUUAUUGCUCAUGCUGUUCAACGUCUUGCCCAAGGUGAAGGUAAUUCUUCAAAAAAGUUAACACCCCUUGGAGUAAGCCUGUGGCGAUACUGCUUAAAGCAUGUGGAGAAAAUACCUACUACAGACAAUAAAUUAAUGACUGCGGUGGGAUUUUCAAUUCGAUUUGGUGCAAGCAGUCAGGCAUUUGACCGAUUUAUGUCAGCAUUAAUAGAAAAGGAAGCUGGCGUAAACAUGUUAUCGGUAUGUUCCAUAGCUGACGGUUUGGUCCGAACAGGCAAAAGAAGGUCUGUGGCCACUCAGUUUGUGGCCCAUUUUUCUCAGAAGAAUUGUUUAGAUGAUUUACCAGCGGCGGCAUUACUCUCUUUACUUAAUUUCUUUGUGCGAGAUGCUGAACGAGUAUCUCUUGGUCUGGCUCGAGCAGACAUGCUUACUGCACUUGUGUGGUCAUCGCUUGGCCUUAAACUGGCUCGGCUUCCGGAAACCAAAGGGCUUUGGACUUUGGUUGACUCGGUGCCUACAGAAACAAGGUCGUCAUUGCUGGUGUUUUUGUCUGAAGGAGGAUUGAUAGAUAAAUCUUCAGUGACGGAACUAGUAUAUCCCGUUUCUACUGUUUUAACUUGGAAACUGAACUCAAUAAAUGGUGCCUCUAUCACCAAUUUCUUGCAAAAGGUAAAAAUAUCUCUAGAUAUUCGUAGAAGCAAUGAAAUUGCACCCGAUCUGGUUGCGGAGGAGCUUCUGAAGAAAAUAUCAGAACGUCUUUAA